AUGCGCGCUUCGCUCAUGGACCAUCACUACAUCGGGCGCCGCCGGCGAUUGCGGCGGUUGGAGGACGACGACGGGCCCUUGGACGACGACGGCCAGCAGGAGGUAAUCCUGGAGAUCGAGCAGCAGGCCCACGACGACGCCCGCACCUACCAGCUUGUGGUGUGGGUGGUGACGGCAUUGUCGUUGACGUUGGCGUUGAUGACGGCGCCGGGAGGCGCCAAGGUGGUAGCGCUCGGCGCGCUUCUUGUCGCCACUGCAACCACAGUGGCCUGGCCGCCAGUGUGGGUGCCGGGGGCAGCUGCUGUCGCUGCCGCUGGCUAUGGGCUCUACGUGAACAUGCCGAUGCCGCUUGCGCCGGCAGUGGUGACGUUGCUCAUGGCCGCCACCGCCACCUACACGCGCCGCCUGGCCCGCACCAAUAUUGGCACCCUUGACCGCCACCGUUACCACUACAAACAGAGUUAG